CACCACCAGUUGGAAGAGGUGGAAACGGCAACGUACUUGAAGUCGCUGGCGGGGUUGGUGUAACGCUAGGUUGUACACUUUUUCUAUUCGACGGUCGCUGGCGAUUGGCAAUUUCACUUCGAAUUUUGAUAAAUUCUGCUCGUUUUGGACAGGAACGACUGUUCGUAGCAUGCUCUUUGUCACAGUUGAGACACUUGAUUUAUUCGGCUUCCUCAACAAGACAAUCCAUUGUUCGAUGCGAACUUGCACAUUUAAUGCAGCGACUCUUGAUAUGGCAAUUCUUUGUGCAAGCAGUUGGAACACUGCGUGACAUCGCGAUGAAUCGGUUUGUAUCGCUCCCAUUGCACGAUGAUGUUGAAUAGGGCGGUGAUUGUUUUCACUGUGCUUAGUGUAGUUGACCCCCUGGUCAGGUGGAUCAGGCCGCAAGCGACAAGCUCCGUUUUUAACUCGUCCAGUUCCAAUUCCGGUAAACCACGCAGUACAACUUUGAAUGGUUUUGUAGCUGCAAUAUCGUGAGUGAAAUACUCCGCUUUUGUUUGCUUCAGGUAAGCCUCUACUGCCUUGUAAUGUGAGGUGGAUGGAACGACGAUUUUGUAGCCGUCCGUGCAUAACCUCAGGGUAGCUACCAGCCUUUUGUUGAUAAGUUCAUCAAAGUGUUGCCUUAGCCCAGGCGGGAAACCUUAUACGUAGAAAGGCGGCAUUUUCUCCUUCUUUUCCGCUUUCUCGGUAGUUUGGUCAGCCAGCGAUGCAAACUUGUUAGCAGCUAGUAUCUUCUUGGCGAUUCCAUCAUUCUUUUCAGCAGGGUCACGAGGACGCUUAUUGCUUUGCUCCUUACUGUAACCCGUUUUUCCCAUUUCGUUGGGACCCGACAACGUACUGUUGUAUAACGAAUGCGAUAGGUAAAAUAAACGAAUGCGAUAGGUAAACUAAAACUUUCAAUUGUUGUAACAAACACGUGAGACGAAGAAUAAUGGUUUACUUGAGGAAAAACUGUGUCUUAUAUAGCCCAAAGAGUGCAUUCCCGGCUAACUAGGUACUCCAUUCUGUCGUCCUUUUUAGGGAAAAGCAGCAAGCAACCAAUCAAAAGUCGACAUUUGUGUUUCGACAAUGUUCAACUAUUUUCAAUAGUACAAUAGUUCGAACAAUCAGAUUACAAUUUUCUGCAUUUGGACGGGUGCUUAAAUGAUUUUUCAAUCGAUUGCUGCAAAAAUGACAGGAAUCUGUUGGAAACUGACUGAGUUUAAAGUUUGAAAUUGGACAAUUUUCGUGACGCUCUCGACGUUUUCGGUUUUGAAAUUGGAUCCCUGUGUUGAAGUUGUAUAUGUUGCCGUAAGACGUAUUCUACGUCAAAGACUUUGGUAGUACAAGUUUUUUGUCUUGUAAAUGAUUGCUUUGAAUGCGCCUAACUUCGACUCAAAAAUUCAUGACGCUAAAAAUGUAGAACGCGUAUGUAGGCCGAGCGUUUUCGCCCAACGUUUUUUGGGGCAGUUGGCUAAAUGCGCUUCGCAUGUGUAAGAUUAUAAAGUCCUAUGUAAUCAUCGUCACUAUCAAAAUCAUCCAAAAUAUCACAGUCCAGGUCCGUAUCACUGUCAAGCUCCUGCAUCAACAGCUCAGUAAUCUGUCGGUCAGACAACGAUGAAAGUUUCAAUUUCUGUCGUCGUUUCAUGACUGAACAAGAAACAGAUCUAUAAACCAUGCUAUGAGAUCAGCGAAAAUUUUCAUGUUGGCAGUGCCCAAAACUGUCUUUAGACGGCAUUCGCUUUUUUGAUAAUACUUCAGUAUUUUAAAGUUGAAUAAAAACAAAACUUAUACAAUCCUGAAAUAUAAAGCAAUUAUAUAGCCAUCAAGUUAUUUUGAAUCAAAUUUCUCACUGAUAUAUUUUUUUAUAUCACUGCAGGGUGAAGUGCAAGAUAAUUAAUUUUCCCGAUUUGGUCGUUUAUGCAAAUUUCAAGUUUGAUGGUUGCUAUCGUGCGAUUCAGAUGAUCGAGGUGGCCACUCUAUCGGGAAACGCGGGAAAAAGUCGAGAAUUGCAUUACUUCGAGAAAAUGCGGGAUAAAGUCGAGAAUUUCUUUAUUUCAUCAGGAAUUUUUCGUUGGUGCAACGUAUUGUGCAAUUACAAAUGGUGGAGGAGUUGUGGAUUUCGUCGUCAACAAAUCACUCAUCCCAUAACUCUUACGCAAAAUAAGAAGAGGGCUUGAAUGCAAAGAAAAUGAAGUAGACGAGAGUGAAAAUGCAACAAAGCGAAAGCGGGAAGCAGACUAAGAAGUAGAGGAGCUGGAGGUGCAGGGCUGCAAGUUGGUCACUUAAAAGUCACAUUAUUCAUCAGUAGUCAAUUUUUGACGUUGACUAACGUCUAUAUCGAAGUUAGGCACCUGAAUUUGAAAAUCUAGUAAUUUAACCAGGGAAAACCAGGGAAAAGUGGUCAGGUUUUGAGCGCUUAUUUUGCAGUCAUCUAUAAUCAGGUUUUCGAGGUUUUGGCAUCAAUCGAUCAGAAAUUCUUUUACUGUUAAAUUUAUGUAACAAAAACAAACUAUUGUUUGAGAUACACUAUUGAAAAAUUGGUAAUCAACAUGUAUUGUCUAAAUCAUACCGCGCAGCCAAUCACUACCUCUCUUCCCAAGCACAGUCGAUACUAACGGAUACAAUCGAUCUGACUUUGUUGUUAUUGUUGUUGUCAUUUUCUGUUUCCGAUGCUUAUUUGCGUUCCUUGUCAAUCCAUUCUCUAUGUAGCCCCUCCUUCUUUCUUACUAACUGACGAAGCCUUGGUAUAAAACGUACUGUUCGAACAUUUCACCCCAUCAGUUUCAUUACUAAACCGUACCGAUCACAUACGGACGCUAGGUGUUAGCAGCUGAAAGGAGGAAAGACAAAAUAGUACCGGUCAUCUCGUGCCGGUUUCACCUGUAAUGCUGAUGGCUGUUAGUAAUACAUGGCUACUCUACUGCAAAAUACUAAAAUGGCUGGAAAUCUGGACGGAUUAACCAGAAAACAAGAAUAUAUUCGGCAACUGGCACCUUUUGGUACCUCGAAAUUUUGUUACAGAAGCGGCUAAUUGAAUUUUCUGUUUUACAAAAUGCUGCUGCUAGCGGAAAAAACCUUGCAAAUAUGCAUUUUUUUGUUAGUGUUAAUUUUACGACAGCAGCCGGCCGCUAUCAUUUGUUUUAAUGGGAUACUAUUUGUUUUAAUGGAAUAUAAGAAUACAGUAGUCAACGUCAUGCGGUCUUGUCUUGAAUACCACCCUCCUACUAUUUUUUUAUCAGAAAGACACUAAAUUCACUUAUUUUGACCAGCUGACCAAGUGACUUCUUUCAUCAACCCUGCUUUAGAAUUGCAUAAAACGUCGAAAUCUGGUGCUAUCUAAAAAAAAAAUUAACCAACUUUGUGGGACUUCUCAAGAUGGAAAAACCAAUUAAAUUUGAAAUGAAGAACCGGGUUCCGGCCCGGAGUCCGGGUCGAAAACUAAUCUGGAGUCUGGGAAUGGAAGUUGCCAGUUUUUUCGAAAAGGCGUUUUCAGUGAGAGAAGCAAUCAUAAAUUCUCAUAUGUAUAUUUCAAUUUACUGUUUCGAUUUCUAAGAACAAUGCAAAAUAUGUUUACUGUCAGAGGCGAAUGCCAAAUUAAGUAAAGCCUCUUUAAAAACAAAAAAUAAGUUUAUUGUACAAUCUUACUAUUACUACUAGUUAUAAGUAAUGGUGUGCGAAACUGGCUUUUCUGGUGUCGAAACGAAACGAAAUUAACCCUUAAUUUCGGUUUCGCCAAAUUAGUCGAAACGAAAUCAAGCUGGAUUUCGAGUUCUCGAGACAAAACGAAAUGGUCUCUAAAUUUCGCGAAAUUUCGAAAAAUAAAAUAAACGCUUCUGAAACAUAGCAUUACAAUGAUUUGAAUCGCAAGGUGCUUACCUAGUCAACGAAGAGUAACGUAGGUAUUCAGACAUCGAAAAACCGACAAUGACGAGAAUAUCAAAAAUGGUAAAAACUAAAAUCUUGAAGUAUGUUGGAAGGUACUAUCAUUUCACUUUGCUACCAAGCCACCCAAGUGAACGUAUGCAGCCACUGGUCUAAUCUACACAAUCAGGGAUGCUGUCGGAGUGCAGAUCAAUAUCGCUCUAUCGAUUUCUAUCACCGAGAAGAAUAAUCGUCAACUCAUCGUUAGAUUUACCAACGACGGUGAGAUCAGUCUCCAAUCGAUCACGGCCGCAUUCGGGUGUCCCAAGGGGGAACCAAACAAUCAACUCAAAUCAACUCACCGAAUAAUUGUACGUUAGUCUAAGAAUAAAGUUAAUAUAGUAGUACGUGUAGUGUCAUCAAUAAAAAGCCGUUGUUUAAGUGGUAUCAAGGUGUAUUUGUUCUGGUACCCACAUUGCCCAGCUCGGAAAGAAAUUGGACCUACAACUCACCAGUCGAAAAACAACCCACUCCAGGCGGAAUCGGAAGGUCAGUCGUCAUUUCACCUACAUAAGCUGGUCCUUCGAACCGGAUCCAAAUUGGUUGGAUCUGGACCCCCAAGUGACGACAGCGUGGAUCCAUCUAUUCGACGUUGCGGAACACAAAGGAUCGAGGGCUAUUAUCAACGGCAACAAAGGAGCGACACCGCCUUUGUCAUUCUACGACGCUCACGACGCCAUUUUGGACGCUACACUCAUCAACUCUGGUAAUGUACUUGAACCGCUAAUGCAUGGUGGCGGAAUUUCUGGAUUUCGGGGUUGGACCUUUAUCUUCGAUCGGGAAACUUACUGGAGACUGGAACUGAGGGCAUCAUUCAUAAACGGGACGCGACAUCAUUAGCAGUGGGUGGUGCCAAUCAACCGUGAUCUGGAUUCGCAUCGCCUUCACAAGUAGACGAGAUUAGCACGGUGGGCUAACGUGGUUCGUACAAUCAUCCCAGGGCUUAAUUAAAUUUCUGCAGUAUCGCCAUUUGGUUUGGGCUCUGGACAUCGCACAUCGGCCGUUUUGACCAGGUAAAAUUACACAUAGUUAUGUCCAGCUGUGGCCUGGACUCUUUCGGGUAUUAUUCUAAAUAUAAAUUUACCUUUCGAUGCAAUUUGACUUGUGCUUCUUUGCGGACUGAGCCUUGUUGGUAGUUCUGACGUAUAAGGAGUGGUCUUGGAUGUUGAUCGAUUUUGUUUGUGUCAUCAAAUAGUUCUCAAAGGUGAGACUAUAAUAUAUGUCCUGCGAAGCAGGACGUCUUUUUGAAUACUACACCCGCAUUUUCCUUUUCGAACGCAUUGGUUAAAUAUUUCUGGUUGGAAGUCACUCUGGUUGUCGUUGGUUGAAGCACCUACACUGGUUAAUAGGAGCAGACAAUAUUUGUCCAGGUAUUGAGCUCACUUGUGUACCGGAAACACUCGAGGCCAUUGUCAGUACGGGUGUGAAAAGAUUUUGGUGACGCUGUCAGUUCUCCAGGUAGGCUGAGACAGUAUAUAUUUAGCCUAAGGAGGCCUAUUUUGGAUACUACAUUCGAGUUUCUUCUCCACUAAAUCAUUUCACACGAACCGGAACGUCAUCAUGCCAGCUGCAGCAUCCACGACAAAAAAGGUGGCCUCACUAAAGUCACUUCAAGCGAAGCUGAAGGGUUUGCACGCUUCGUUCAACAACAUAGUGGACUACGUAUCAAAUUACCACGAGGAAUUUACCGCUAGCCAGAUAUCAGUAUGCUUAGAGCAUUUGGCGGAGCUGUGGGAAAAGAUUGGAGAGUUGGUUGGUGAGGUGGAGUCCCAUGAGGAUUUUGUGGUUGAAGAUGAUGCCUUUGCCAAGGAGCGGUUGGAUUUCGAAAACCGUUAUUUCCAUGUUAAAUCUUCUUUGCUGGACAAGACCAAAGAGUUGCAGGAUCCUCCGGUUCAAGAUCAUUCUGCAGUACAGGUCGACAAUUCCAUGCAUGUUUCGUCGGAUCAUGUUCGUUUACCUCAAAUAAAACUCCAAACUUUCGACGGUAACAUCGACGAGUGGCUCAGCUUUAGGGACCUUUUCACAUCGUUGAUUCACUGGAAGGUAGAGCUGCCAGAUGUGGAGAAACUGCAUUAACAAAUUAAAGGGUUGUCUACAAGGAGAGGCGAAGGCGCUAAUCGAUCCUCUGAAAAUAACGAGAGGAAACUAUCAAAUUGCUUGGGAAACAUUACUGAAACGCUAUAACAAUAGCAAAUUGUUGAAGAAGCGGCAAAUUCAAUCGCUUCUAAAACUUCCUUCGGUGGCUAAGGAGUCUGAAGUCGAAUUACAUACACUUUUGGAGAGUUUCGAACGAGUUAUUCACACCUUGUAUCAGAUUGUACAGCCAAAUGACUACAAGGAUCUGCUGUUGGUUAAUAUUCUCAGUUCCCGUUUGGAUCCCAGCACACGCCGAAGUUGGGAGGAACAUUCAGCGACUAAGGAACAGGAUACCCUAAACGAUCUAACGGAUUUUCUGCAGCGUCGAGUUCAAAUUUUAGAAUCUUUGCCAUGCAAGCUUACAGAAAGCAAGCGCGAAUCGUCACCUACUAGGAAGAGGAUACAACCAUUUCGAGUCAGCCACAAUGCAGUUCAAACGUCAACUGGGAAAUGCUCCGCUUGUCCCGAAAAUCAUUGGCUAUACACUUGUCCCACUUUCCAAAAGAUGUCGGUAGCUAGUAGAGAAUCUUUGUUGCGCACUCAAUCGCUGUGUCGUAACUGCUUCAAGCGAGGUCAUCAGGCUAAGAGCUGUUCUUCCAAAUAUUCUUGCAGGAAAUGUAAAGGUCGGCAUCACACACUGGUUUGCUUCCAGAAAGAUGGAGAAGGCGAGAAACAAAGGACAACCGAAGAGCCUGGACCAUCUAGAAACAAUGCGGUUUCGUUAGCGGACACGAGUAUGAGAACUGCAAACACAUCAGUAACGGAAAUAAUAUCAACCAACUUCUCGCAAAAGCGAAGCACUAAUAUACUACUUGCUACUGCUGUGGUUCUGGUCGAGGACGAUGAAGGCUUACAGUACCCUGCACGGGCGUUACUCGAUUCGGGAUCGGAAUGUAAUUUCAUCUCGGAGCAACUUCGUCAAAGGUUAAAGGUGUCCAGGGAAAGGGUGGAUAUUGCAGUACUCGGAGUAGGUCAAGCAUCGAAAAGGGUGACUCAACGCAUCGCGGCUACAGUGCACUCACGGGUUUCUGAAUUUUCAAGGAAAAUGGAAUUUUUGGUUUUACCAAGGGUUACGGUGAACCUACCAAUAACAACGGUGCAGAUUUCGGAAUGGAAAUUCCCAGAAGGAAUUCAUCUGGCGGAUCCAGCCUUUUUCCAAUCAAAAUGUGUCGAUUUGGUUCUCGGUAUCCAGGCCUUUUUCAGCUUUUUCCGGACUGGCAACGAAUUCACACUGGGUGACGGUCUGCCACGGCUAACUGAAUCGGUUUUCGGUUGGGUGGUGUCCGGUGAGAUACAAUCAGCGAAAAUUUCUUCAUGUAUCACGUGUAACUUGACGGUAUCAGACACUUUGGAACAGUUAAUGGAGCGGUUUUGGGCCUGUGAGGAUAUGGGCAACUGCAACAACUAUUCGCCAGAAGAGGCGCGCUGCGAGGAGCAGUUUGGGCGUACUACUCGAAGGGAAUCUGAUGGUCGGUAUACUGUUUCGCUCCCAAAGGAUGAAUCAACAUUUUCGCUGCUUGGUAUGUCAAAAGAUAUUGCUUUAAAGCGUUUUCAAGGGCUAGAGAGGAGGUUGGAUCGAGACACCGAACUUCGUAAGCAAUAUGCAACUUUCAUGAUGGAAUAUUUGAUCUUAGGACACAUGAAAAGGGUAGAAACUAGCGAGCAAGCAGAAGUCAAGAGAUGUUAUUUGCCGCAUCAUCCUGUGGUAAAGGCUUCUAGUACUACAACAAAGGUCAGGGUGGUCUUCGAUGCUUCAUGCAAAACAUCGACUGGCAUCUCUCUCAAUGACGCACUUCUCAUUGGCCCGAUAGUUCAGCGAGACCUCAGUUCUAUCAUACUCCGUAGCCGAACUCGCCAAGUAAUGGUUGUCGCAGACGUGGAGAAAAUGUUCAGGGAAAUUAACAUGGAUCAGGCGGAUUCUCCGCUACAAAGCAUUUUAUGGCGUUUUAAUCGUGACGACGAAAUUGCAACGUACGAACUCAGCACCGUUACAUACGGGACAAAACCGGCCCCAUUUUUGGCCACUCGUACCCUGAAACAGCUAGCAAUGGACGAGAGUGAGAGGUUUCCCUUGGCAGCCCAGGCAACUGAGGAAGAUACAUAUAUGGACGAUGUGAUAUCUGGGGCGGACGACAUCAAUACCGCAGUUGAAUUAAGAAGGCAGCUAGUUUCCCUGUUUGAAAGUGGAGGUUUGCAAUUACGAAAAUGGAUAUCUAACAACGAGCGAGUUUUGGAAGGUAUACCCAACGAAAAUCUGGCACUCCCCAAUACGAACGAGGUAAAUUUGGAUCAUGAGUCAUCGGUAAUGACAUUGGGGUUGACAUGGUUGCCCAAAGCGGACUGCUUGCGGUUUCAGUUUGCUAUUCCGGCAUUGCUUUCUGAUCAACUUCUAACCAAACGCAAGAUUCUCUCCAUAAUCGCAUCGCUUUUCGACCCCCUAGGGCUCCUGGGAGCAACAAUUGUGAAGGCUAAAAUCUUCAUGCAAAGUCUUUGGCAUCGUGUUAAUGCAGGAGGCAAACGAUUGGAGUGGGAUGAGAUACUUCCAGCAACGGUGGGUGAGGAGUGGCGUAUAUUUCAUUCUCAAUUGCCCACACUGAACACUCUUCGCGUUCCUCGCUGUGUCGUCGUAGCUUGUGCUGUUUCUACUGAGAUACACUGUUUUUCGGAUGCCUCGGAAAGGGCAUAUGGCACUUGUCUAUACUUGCGUAGUACGGAUAAAAACGGGAAUUAUACAGUCCAUCUUCUAACUUCUAAAUCGAGGGUCGCACCACUCAACGUACAGUCGCUGCCUAGGCUAGAGUUGCGGGGCGCUUUGCUUGCUGCACAACUAGUGGACAAGGUGUUGGAUGCCCUUAAAGGGACGUAUAGGGUCCAUUUGUGGACGGACUCGACCUGUGUCCUUCAAUGGAUCAAAGCACCACCAAGUCCAUGGACAACAUUUGUGGCAAAUCGGGUCUCAAAGAUCCAAGCACUUUCGGAAAAACAUAAUUGGAACCAUGUACCUGGAAUUUCAAACCCCGCAGACUUGAUCUCGCGUGGUAUUUUACCAAAUGCAUUGGAAGGAAACCGCGUUUGGUGGGAGGGCCCAGACUGGUUGAAAAACGGAAAAGGAAGAGUGGCCCAAUCAACCCGAUAUAACACUGGAUACUAUAUCAGAGCGGCGACAACGCACGGUGAUAUGCGUCGCAUCGGACGCGCCUUGCUUCAGCUCUAUGUUCGUUUCUAA